UCGUACUACGAUUACCAGAAUCCCGCCGCUCAUCGGGUAACUCAGCAGGUUGAGACCAGGCAAGCAAAAAAAAACAAACCACUACGAGAAAAACAAACUCGAUCUACCACCUCGUGAGAGAGCGAGCGACCUACCCGUGUAGUGGUGAGUUGUUUUGGUUCGCACCGUGUGGUGUGUCACCACUAUCUCACGAGACCGAGCGGAGCACACACAGCGAAAGCCACGGCGCGCGCGAGGAGGCAAGAAUCAGCAAGAAAACACGAGCGUGAGCAAAAAAAAACACACAACGAGACCGCGCUCGCCAACAGUGUAAUAUGAUUGAAUUGGAUUAGUCAACUGCUGGUAUUAUACCAGAAAACAUCGUUUUUUGAUAGGGGUUCGAUAGGCGAUUUGUGUGUGCGGGGUUCGCCAAAAAAAGAGGCCCAACUUGCGCCACCUCUCGAGUGCGUACACGGCGACGACGACGAAGGGUCGCGCGAUUAAGGGGGCCCACCCGCCGAUUAAUAUGACGAAGAAAUUGCGGAAUUUAUUAUGAGUUGUUUCGGUUUCCUGAAUGCUUAGUUUCGAACUCGACCACCGCGCAGCGGACGUGUAGUGUGCCGUACCGACGAGUCCUUGUUGUGAUCGAUGAUAGUUCAAUUGAUCGGAUUUUUUUUUUCGUUAACUUUCAACGGAUGAUCGAAUCGUGAUCGGUUGAGUUCUUUUUUUUUACUCUCGAUUGUUUGACAGAAGACCAAGAAUGAUCGUGGCCGAUGAUCGAUGGGUUCAGUAGUCGGAAAUGACGGCCGUGUGACAAUAAAUGAAAAACGUAACGGUGCGUGUGAUUUCUGGUGUCGGUUCACGAAAAUAUCGAACCCGUUCACGUUGCCUGUUUCGGAUUUUUUUUUCCGUUUCUCAAACUGAAAAUUAAUUAAGACACCAUCGGAGGCAGAUUCGAAGGCAGCCGAAGAAAAAUUGUGACAAAACUCAAAAAUAGAUUUCUGCGUGGGACACUUUGUUGAAACAGAAGAAGCGAGAAAAUAAAGUGCUAGGGGAAAUUUUUGGUUUUGGUGAUGUUUUCCGACUGAUGUGAAAUUAAUGUUCGAUUUCCCAUUGAGAAGAAAAAAUUGGCUGAUCGAAAUCUACUUUUUUUAUUCGAUUGAGUUCCGUUUGCCGACUGGACCCGAAACUGCAUCGCAGUGUGCCCUGGCGAAAAUAGAGUUGGAAGUGAUUCAAAAUUACCCCUGAACGGCAGAGUCAUAAAGUCAUUUUGAAAAGAAGAGAAAAAACAAAACCCACUGUACAAAAGUGCAAUUUUAUGACGGCUGUCAAAAUGCAAUAAAAGGCCAAUUUAUCGACCGCAAGAAGCAACCGAGCAGGUGAAGGUAGAGAGAGAGAAGGAUAGAGAGAGAGCGAGAGAGAUAAAACAAAACAAAACGUCCAAUGAACGAAACGGUGCAGUUUCGAAGGCGAAGAAAGAAGAGAUGUUGGUGAUCGAUAUCAGUGAAUGACCCUGAGGUCUGUUUGAAGGGAAGAAAAAGUGCGAAGAAAAACGUUAUCGAUUGAAGCGAAGAAACGAAGAAAAAAAAAUUGUGUUUGACAGGGUGAACCCUUCCGGAUCGACCGGUACAGCCUAGAGACCAGCAAACUGUUGACCGCGGUUUUUUCAUCUUCCUCUUGGCAAAGAUAGCCGGAACAACGACGACGACGACAACGACAACCACGGCGGAAGGUUUUGGCACCACGCCGUCGUCCACUGCUGGCGGCCGGCUGCAGCUGGAAAGUGUUGGCGGUGGUAGGCCAUCGCCACCAUCACCGUCGUCAGCCGCCUCGGAAGUCGAUCUUCACCACCACCACCGAAUGCAGCCAACCGUACCGCAGAGCACGGGAGGUGGUGGUGGCGGCGGUGAUAUGGACCUCCCCACCGUACAGUCGAUGGAUUGGGUGUUCCAGAACAAGCAGCUCUACUUCCUAGCGCAGUAUCUAGCACAGCAAGCCGAGAAGAAGGAAAAACUGUCGACCACCGGCGCCGGUAUGGAUGGAUCGCUAAACGCACCAGCCUGCACAACCACAACCGCUACCGCUACGGCAACCAGCAUCACCUCUCCGCUGGCUUCCUCCACCUUCAUCGAACAUAAUGGUAUCACGCCACCCUCCCCCUCGACGACGCCGCUGUCCGAUGCGGGUAGCAUGAGCGGGAAGCUGAUGGAACCGGGCAGCAGCCCGGACAAACCCCUGCUGGAUGGGUCCGAGUCGCGGUUCGAUCUACUGAAGGAGGUCAAACCGUACAGUAUCAACAAUAACAGUAUCAGUAGUAACAAUAAUAACAACAACAACAACAGCGUAAACAAUAGUAACCCGCUGAACAAAAGCGACAGUAACUGCAACAGCAGUAGCAGUAACAGGGUCAGUCCCACGCCUGAAAAGGACAGCGAUGGUGGUGUAAAUAGUACCGAGCAUCCUAGCAGUAAGAACAACAGUAAUAACAUCAACAGCAGCAGCAGUAACAAUGAAAGUGACAGCCGUUGCAGCAAAGGCAAAGAAGCCGAAUCGAAGGAGGCCGAGAGUGACAGUUUGACGACCAAAUCGCUGGCGGAGGAGCUGUCGGCGAAAAAUAGAGAGAUAUCAGCCCUGUUCGAAGAGGUGGCCCGGUUGCGGACAGCCAUCGCCAACAUUCAGGAAUCACACAACCUGCAAAUCCAGCGGUUAGAGGACCGCCUGGAAGAGAAACGGCAGCACAUUGUGCGGUUAGAAUCUCGCAUCGAGAAACAGCAGGAUUUCGAUGAUUUGAAGAAGGAAAACAACAUUCUGCGAUCCGUGGACCUGAGUUCUCCGCACGACACGAAGCAGUUUCAGGAACUGCUGCUAGAACGCACCAAAGCCCUGGCCGCCCAAACCGAAGCGAUCAAAUCGUCCAAUUCCGAAGGAUCUCCAACGAGCGGUCAGCCGAAGCCCGCUUCGUCGCCAGCGACGAACAGCUGCAGCACCGCCCUAGUCACCUCUCAUGCUAACGCUUGUAACGCCAAUAACGACCCGCCCAACAAUUACACCGGCAUUAGCAACAACAGCAACAACAACAACAACCAGAAUAGCACCGCUCUAAGCAACCACAGCCAAAACAGCACCAGUAGUAAUGAAACCAACACUAGCACCAUGGCAGGAGCCCCGAGCCGACCGGGCUCCAGUCCGACCGUUGUGCCGUCUCCUUCGUCUGGUGGUGUUGGAUCUACCGGUGCUACGCAAACUGGCAGCAAUAGUUUAGCCCAACUCAACUCCAUACUCCCACCUCCGCUGCACAACGUAGAACAGUUUAGCUCGUUUCUGGGUGAAGAAAUUGUCAGCACCUGGCGACGUGGGUUGGAGCUGCCACCACCUCCCCCAGGAUUGGCCGCUGCUGCAGCAGCAGCCGCAGCAGCUGCCGCCGCCGCUGCCGCUCGCAACCAUCCACAGUUAUUAAUGAAUCAUCAUCCACCCACAGAUCUAGCCCAUCACGAUCAGGACAAAGCUAGUUCCCAUCAUGAAAACUCCUCGAGCGCCAGUACACCAAUCCUGCAGGAUACCUCCCGCCACGAUGAACACCUGAACGGUGGAGGUCUCACCCCGAUGCGUAUGUCCAAGAGUCCUCUCGAGGACAACAACAACACCCUGGGACCACUACCCCACUCCGGUUCCGGUCUGAUACAAGGUCUACCCUUCCACUUCCAAGAUCGGGGCCCGUUCCGGUUUGCGGAUGAUCUCCAGCUACCGCCAGGAGCGAUGGUUGGUCGUCUCGGCGAUUCUCUCAUCCCCAAGGGUGAUCCCAUGGAAGCCAGACUGCAGGAAAUGCUACGUUACAACAUGGACAAGUACGCUAAUCAGAACCUGGACACGCUGCACAUCUCGCGGCGAGUUCGUGAACUACUCUCCGUACACAACAUCGGUCAACGGCUGUUCGCCAAAUACGUGCUCGGUCUCUCGCAGGGAACCGUCUCCGAACUGCUGUCCAAACCGAAACCAUGGGACAAGCUGACCGAGAAAGGACGCGACAGCUAUCGGAAGAUGCACGCCUGGGCGUGCGACGAAAACGCCGUCCUGCUGCUGAAGUCGCUGAUUCCGAAAAAAGGUAAAGAACCCGGAAUGCCAUCCUUUGGACGGCCAGACGGUUCCGACAUGAACGACGAUCGAAUCCAGCACAUCCUUUCCGAGGCUCAAUCGAUGAUUAAGCGCGACCCUUCGGGGCUUGCAACUCCUCAGCAUCCCUCUCAGCAGCAGCAACAACAGCAGCAGCAUAUGCACCAGCAACUUCAGCUGCAGCAGCAGCUACAGCUCAACUCGCUGGAUGAUUCCCAGCAUAGUGAUAACGACUCCAAGUCACCGCACAACCGGGACGUGCAGUCACCGUUUGCCAAAGAUUACCUGAACCGACGAGCUGCAAUGAAAAAGUUUGAAAACGAAGACAUCCCCCAGGACAAAAUUGCGAAAAUCUACCAGGAGGAGUUCUCGAAACUAAUGCGAAGUCCCCGGGAAUUUCCAAGUUUCCUUUUCCCGCACUUCCUCAGCGGUGGAAUGCCACCGAUGGAGCGUCUACAGGACGACAAUAUUCGCAUGGCUUUGGAAGCCUACCACCGGGAGCUGGCUAAGAUACAACAAAACGCUGCCGCUGGAGGUGGACUACCGAACAUGCCAAACAUCUCCAACCUGCCCAAUUUUCUGGCACUUCAUCAGCAACAGCAGGCUCAACAGCAUGCAGCCGCUGCCCAACAGCAUCACCAUCAGUCCGGACUGAACGGAUCCGUCCAGGAUCUAUCGCUGCCCAAGGAGAAACAGUCGAUUAAAUUGAACGGAUCGAUGACCGAUCUGGAGUGCGAAAUUGAUGCCGCCAACAAAGAAGUCGACGAUGCCAUGAAACACAGUGCGUUUAGUUUAGUCAAACCGAAACCUGAACCCGGCACAUGUACACCGACAACAACCGCAUCAUCUGCCCCUAGCCCAAUCAGCAACAGUAUCCUCCCGCCGGUGAUCGCUUCGUCGGACGAGUUUGGCGUCACUGCUAGCCCCCUUCAACGAAUGGCAUCGAUCACCAAUUCCCUCAUAACUCAACCUCCGGUUACUCCCCAUCACAGCUCCCAGCAGCGACCACUGAAAGCCAUUCUCCCGCCCAUCACCCAGCAGCAGUUCGAUUGCUACAAUAAUCUCAACACCGAAGACAUUGUUCGACGAGUCAAAGAAUCCCUAUCCCAAUACUCCAUCAGCCAGCGGCUAUUCGGCGAAUCCGUACUUGGCCUAUCGCAAGGAUCCGUAAGUGAUCUUCUUGCACGACCAAAACCCUGGCAUAUGCUUACUCAAAAAGGCCGCGAACCCUUCAUCCGCAUGAAAAUGUUCCUGGAGGACGAUAACGCCGUUCACAAGCUAGUCGCCAGCCAGUACAAGAUCGCUCCUGAAAAACUGAUGCGAACCGGCAACUACAGCGGAACUCCUCAGAUCCCCGGAAUGAUCUCCAAACAAAUGCCUCCCAUGCCGAAGAUGCUCAGCGACUCGAUCAACAAACUACAGCAAGAUCAGAAAACCCUCCUCCAGCUGCAGAUAUCCCAAAUGCAGCAAAUGCCACCCACGUCGCAAGCUCAACAGCUUCAACAACAUCCGCAACAGCUCCACCAUCACCAGCUCGCUGCUGCGGCAGCAGCUCAGCAUCACGCCCAGCAGGAAGCCGCUGCACGACAACUCCCACCCUCGUCACAACCAUCCCCGCUUCCUCCCACUCAGCAACAUCCCCAAUCCCAAUCCGUACACCAGCAACGUCAACAGCCAUCCCCGCAAACCAUGCUGCUGACACCACCCGGCAUUCCACCACAACACGCCAUUCCGCUGCAGACAUCGGGACCGCAUCACGGCGGUAUCGACAAAAAACCCGUCAUGCUCGGGGUAGGAGUAGGAGGAAUCCACUCGCCCCAGCAACACCAGCAGCAACAGCAGCAGCAACAGCAGCAUCAACAUCAGCAAACACCAACCUCCCACCAUCAUCAGCAGCCGGGACCACCGCCCGGUGUGAACACAAUGCGCGGUAGCUUACAUCAGCACAUUUCGCCGACCGUGUACGAAAUGGCUGCCCUGACGCAGGAUCUCGACACACAGGUUAUAACGACCAAGAUCAAGGAGGCGCUGCUUGCUAACAAUAUUGGUCAGAAGAUCUUCGGCGAAGCCGUCCUCGGUCUAUCCCAGGGCUCCGUAUCGGAACUGCUUUCCAAGCCAAAACCCUGGCACAUGCUCAGCAUCAAGGGCCGCGAACCGUUCAUCCGCAUGCAGCUGUGGCUGAGUGACGCCAACAACGUCGAACGGUUGCAGAUGCUGAAAAACGAACGCCGAGAAGCUAGCAAACGGCGACGAUCGACCGGUCCGGGAGCACAGGACAACAGCUCCGAUACCAGCAGCAAUGACACCUCCGAAUUCUAUCACUCCAAUUCACCGGGACCGGGAUCGGUUGGUUCGGCAGCUGCCCCACCCAACAAGAAGCAACGGGUGCUGUUCUCCGAAGAGCAAAAGGAAGCCCUUCGACUGGCAUUCGCACUGGAUCCGUACCCGAACGUGCAAACAAUCGAGUUUCUGGCGACCGAACUUGGCCUGUCGACGCGAACCAUCACCAACUGGUUCCACAAUCAUCGGAUGCGACUGAAACAACAAGUUCCACAUGGUCAACCAAGCGAACCGAUUCCCUCGCGAGAGAAUCAAUCCGGAGCACCAUUCGAUCCGGUUCAAUUCCGGGUUCUGCUCAGCCAGCGGUUGAUGGAGAUUCAGAAGGAAAGGAUGGGAUUGAGUGGAGUUCCGCUGCCGUAUCCUCCCUACUUCGCUGCCAAUCCGAAUCUAGCGGCGUUGAUCGGAAGGGGAUUUAUCCCUGGAGAUGUAGAUUUGGCUGCCCUGAAUAAGGCAGUCAGUGAGCAGAUGAGCGGGCUGGACCUGUCGAUGCCGUCGUCGGUUAAGCGAGAAGGUGAGGAAGAUUUCGACGAGGACGGAGAAAGUGAUUCCGAAUCGGUCGAUGAUGGAUCGAAACGGGGCGAGUUGGAUGAACAUUCGGCAACCAGUUUGUCGCUGGCAAGUUUACAGGCAAUGUCCCGGAUAAACAGGCGAAAGCCGGCAGCACCGCAAUGGGUUAACCCGGACUGGCAGGAUGACAAGCAGACGAACAUUCCAGGCGGUGGUGUUGGUGGUGGCGUCGGCGGUCUCGAUGGCAAGAAAGACACCGAUCUACUGAACGGAGUCUGUCUGCUGCAAUCGACGGACGGAGUGCCAUCGGUACAGCAACGGUUCGUCGCAGCAAUGGCUGCUGCGGCUGCAGCCGUGGCGGCAGCUGCCUCCGGAAGUGACAACGAGAAUGAUGAUGCAAAGUCUACCCAUUCGAAGCAGUCGACGGUUGACGAUCGGACGGAAGAGGACGAUCGGCCGGAAAAGGGUGGUUCGGAAGCGGAGAAUGGAGCCGACAGUUCCGAGAAGGACCAGAUUCAGGUGAAGACGGAGAUGAUGGAGGAAAAUGAACGGUGGGGCGAAUAUUGAGCGAAACGCUUGAUUGGCCUGAGCGGGGGAGACACAGAGAGAGAGGUUAUGAACCAACGAACAAAGCCAGCGCAUGCUGCGAUGGGGGUAUUUAAAAUGUUUGUGCAAUCGAGAAUAGCUAAAAGAAGUAAACAAUAAGCGAAGAUAUGAUGCGUAUAAAAAGAGUAAAGUCUGAACGCUUCCAUACUGAUAGUAAAAAAAAACGAAAGUUGGAAGCGGAUUGCGGACGAUUUAUUGUGAUUAAGGAAGAAUGUCUCGUACUCUUCUGUUUUAAGUUGUUAUCAAAGUUUUUACAUAGGAUGCUCGUACUAUUCUUUUCUAAGGUAAACAAAACUGUCUGCGAUCCAACUUCCUCAGUUGUAAACAAAUGUUUAUUUUCCUACCCCUUUCCACUGUAAAUAUUACCUUUUUACAAAUCGAUUAGUUUACCACUUUUCCUUCUUUUGAACUAUCAAUAUAAGAAGACUGUUAAAACAAGUUUUAAAUAAUAUAAUACUGAUAAAUAAUAUAAAGAAUUAGUAGUUUCUAAGUCGCUAGCGUAACUUGUAAGAGGGAUAUACUUUUUUAUGUAGAGCAAGAUACCGAAUUUUUCUUUUUUCUGUUUGUAGUUUUACAAUCGUAAGAAACUGAGUUUUCUCCAAAAUUGCAUUUACUUCUACCUUCUCUCGAAUCUUAACCGAUAGAAAUGAACAGAUAAAACACAUAAUAAUAACAUAAACGUACUUAUAGGUAAACAAAAAUUAGCGAUAAAUGUCUCUUUUAGUCCCUUCUCCAAUAAACCAGAGUUCCGACAUAUUUCGCGAGGACUAACGGAUACAUAUAAUCAAAAAAAAACGUGGGCAAACCCGGAACGGAGAAUCAAAAUGUUAGAAAAAGAGAAAAAAAUAUCUGGGAAAAGGCUUACUUUGUACAUAGUGAAAUCAUACAAAUUUCCGAUCUAAUCAUUAACUGAACCAGAACGAUAAAGGAACUCACAUACAGAAAAUACACACACAAGUAAAAAAAGGCCAAAUAUUUAGCUGGUAGUAUUGAAAACCCCCCUUCAAAAUAGCGGAAAUUUUAGGUUUAUGCGAAUUUCUUGCUGACUUAUCGGCAGAGAAAAUUCACUUUUAAUCAAUAAUUUAUUAUUUUUCUUUGCCUUUGGCGGUAAGAAAUAUUUUUCGUGUAAGCUGCAGAAAACCCCUACAAAUUAUGCAAAAUAAUACAGGAUUUUAGAAACUCAAAACUGCAUUGUAAAACCGAACGAAUGGAAGCAUGUUUAACGAUUAAAGAAACGAUCUCAAAACCAACCAAAUAUAUUUAAAAACAAUAUGAGAAGCAAAUGCAACAAACGUUUAACAGAUAGGAUUGUAUUUAGUAAACGAACAAACAAGCAAAAAAGUCAGUAAUCGAAUUUAUCGGGUUCUCUUUUAGGCGGUGGUUUGUUUUUUGAAAUUUUCACCAACUGCAGAAAAUGUUUCGAAAAACGGUAACCCUUUGUAAAUCUUUUGUAAAUAAUUUUCUCAGUUUGAGCAGAGAUAAGUAAAACUUAUAAUGAACAGUUUGUUUGACGUCAGAUCCCUGCAGCAUAAAAAAAAUCAGACACAGAAUAAACUGCAAAAUGAUGAACGCAUAUCCGAAUUUAAUAGAACAAAAAAAAGUGAGCGAGUAUCAAGUAUUUAUUCAGAGUUUUAAACGAACAAAACGAUCCGUUCUUACCAAAGUCAAAAACGGUCAAAAAAUAACAGUCGAAAGGAACCACAGUCCUUGCAACAACAACAAAAAAAAGUAACAAGAAAAAUUAACAACAAAAAUAAGCAUUGUAGAAUAUUGAACACAAUUUAGUCGGUUGGGUUACUUCAAAUUUCGUUUUCGGAUUGCAAACUUUUUUCCCGAGUGAAGCCAAACAGGCUAAUCAAAGCAGGCUACGCAAAACUUUGCUCCCUGGACGACGAAAAAUUCAGAACAAAAAUGUAACAAACACACAAACAAUCAAAUUGUUUGUUUUACAAUACACACAGCAGAAUAAAAAAAAACGAUAAUAGCUAGGAAUGUGAAUUUUAUACCAGAGUAAACUGUAAAUUCAAGUAAGUGGGAACCAGCCAGCAAAACUGGGACACACGCGGAACGAACGAGUACUUUUAACAAGCAGGAAAAUUGCAAUACGUAAAAUUAUAAUUCAGAACAAGGGAUUGCAUCCCUUCUGAAAUGAGCAAAACAAAAAUCAGAAUUCGAAUGCGCUGAUAGUUCAAAGUACGUUUAUUUCUUAACGCUUUCCGUUCUUAAAGAAUUGAAAUUGCAAUUCGGCUUAAGAACCGAAAGCAGGAAGCGUGGGACACGAGACUGACUUUAGGAAAGUCGCUUCUUCCCUCCGCACCAACACACAAAUUAUGUUUUUAAGAAAGAUGGAAUUUGUUAAUUUAUUAUUCGGUUAGUUUUUAUGAACAUUAUAACAAAUAUUUUUGCUAUAUUCUUAGAAAGAAGAAAAAAAAUCUUAAUUUUACUGAGGAAGUUUGUUCUUUUUUUUACUGCGUGAAUGCUGAGAAUGAACAUGUAGAUAAACGAAUGUGACAUUGUUGAAGGUUAUUUUCUCUCCAAAAAAAAUGCAACAAUCAGAACAAAAGCUGGAAUCAUGUUGAAUUAGGCGAAAUUUUACAAAUAAAAUAGAACAAAAUAAACGCAGACAGGCAUUGUAAAAUUUAAGUGUCUAUACGGAGCGUCUGCAUCCCGCAAGGGACGGGAUGGUUAAGGAUUCAUUACCGAACAUAAAGGAAAUUAUUUGAAAAAAAAAAUGAAAGAAAAUAAAAAAACAAACAAAAAAGUAAAAUAACAUCGCAACCGUAGCUCUAGCCAUUAAACGAAACAAAACAGUAAAAACAAUAAAGCUUUCCAGAAUAUUUUGGGUAGCCCGAUGAAAAACAAAAACGGGCAACGCAUCAGUAAUCAAGCGGAAAAGUGGACGAAAUAAAGAAAUCUGUAAAUACCUAUUAUCAUAUCAUUAUAUUAUAUUAAUUAAUUAUAAUUAUUAUAUAUUAAAAUUAUUAUUACAAUUAUAAUGGUAAUAUUAUUACAUUGAAUGAAUAAAGUAA